AUGACCGACCUGCGCCAGAAGCUGGAGCAACUGGGUCUGUCGCAGUACCUCGACGUCUUCGUCACCGAAGGCUUCGACACAUGGGAGACGGUCUUGGACAUCAGAGAAUCCGACCUCGAUUCUCUCAAUGUCAAGCUCGGCCACCGAAGGAAACUCCAGCGUGCAAUUGCCGAGACCAGAGGCAUCCCGCUUGAAAGACUUGACCGUGCGGUCCCUCAUCUGCACGCCGCCUCGAGCGUCGACGGCUCCUACCGCAGCGAUGACUCGGCCUCGGAGACCAGGUCGCUCAACCACCACAAGCGGACCGAGCCUCCUUCGGCCAACACCGGCGGCACCACCAAGCGCAAGUAUCGUCGUCAUCCCAAGCCCGACGAGAACGCGCCAGAGCGCCCAGCAUCAGCCUAUGUGAUCUUUUCGAACCAGACGAGAGAGUCCCUGAAAGGACAGGAGCUGAGUUUUACCGAGAUCGCCAAACUUGUAGGUGAACGGUGGCAGACUCUCUCGCCUGGGGCACGGGAGGCUUGUGAACGCCAAGCAGCCGCUGCCAAGGAAAAGUACUAUGCCGAGCUUGCGGAGUACAAGAAAACCCCCGAGUAUGCCCAGUAUCAAGAAUAUCUGGCCGAAUUCAGAGCCAAGCAUAACCAGCAGCAAUCUGGCAAGCGAACCAAAGUUGAGCCUGAGACCAGUAUCAAUGCCCGAAGCAGUAGCAAUGAAAAUAUCGACAAGUCCCACCGCAGAGUAUCCGACGCUCACUUUAGCCAACCCCCUCCUCUUGUCCAUAAUCGGUCUGGCUCCAGCCCGCCCCCGGGCUCUCAUCGUGCUGGAGGACGCAUGCUAGGUUCUGAAUCGACUUCUCCUGCAGCUUACUCAUUUUCCGGGGUCAAUUCCCCUAGGAUUGCCGGGCAAUACUCUCCCCUGUCAGCCUCGCCCACAUCGGCCACGGCGUUCCGAGAGCCAGACUUCGCUCACCAGGCCCAACCAAUCGAUUCACGGGAACGCCUUCAGGACCCCCUUUACGCGACAACCCACGGAUUCGGCGUCUCCAACAGCAGCGGCACCCCGCUGGCGACUGUCCCUUCCACUUCCUCGCUCUAUUCGACCCACGCUCCCAGCGACCGCGACCUGUCAUCCCGACGUCUCCAGCGCGAACCCUCUUCGAUACCCUCUCUGGUCCAUGAGGAUACCAACACCACUAACCAAUCGUCCGACAGCGGCGGCUAUGCUCCCAGCCUCAGCAACAAUCCCCCCAGCGCACCUUACACCGGCUCGCUUCUUCCACUUGCGGAUUCACAGAAAGCACACCGAUUGUUACCGCAGCCUGUACCGUCGUCGCUAUCAAUGGUACCAUCUCCGUUCGAUCAGCGACCGGGUCUACCACCACAACCACCAACAAAAUUCCCACCAGCACAGCCCCCACAGCCUGAUCCGCGACAGACGUCGUCUUUGGCCGUGUUAUUACGAGCAGGAGAACUGGCGCGAGACCGCGACACCGACCCCCUCGGAGGAAAAGAAAAUCCACUGUAA